CGUUCAUCUUCUUCUUCCCUUUUGUUCCACUUCUUCUUCCGUUUUCUACAUGGGGAUCGCCGACCUAACUAGCACCAUUAAUUGGGUACCCAGGAUCCAGAAAUCAUCUUCAUUCUCUGAUUUAUUUAUAAAGUUGAGAUUUUUAUUCCAAUUUGUCUGUAAGUUAUCUAGUUUCUCGAUUUUGUUCUUCUUCCCUUUUAUACUUGAGGUCGCCGAUCUAACUAGAACCAUUAAUUAUAUCCCAAUAAUUCAGAAAUCUCUGAUUUAUCUAUAAAGUUGAGAUUUUUAUCUGUAAAUUAUAAGUGAUGAUCUCGAAAAAGAAGAAAACUCAAAAGGAGAACAACAGCAAAAGAGUCGAUGACAUUGUUCGUCUUCCUGAGGAAUUUGUGAUUGAGGACAUCCUCACCAGAUUACCAGUUCGGACUCUAUCUCAGUGGAGCUGCGCAAGAAGAGCUUGCCUUUUGAGCUUAGAUGAUGAUUACGACAAAUAUAGAUUGAGAUUAUAUACCAACAUGGUCGUCUGGCACUUGUGAACCAGUGGGCUGUUGUAAUGGUUUAGCUUGUAUCACACUAGUACAAAAAGGUGAUCCGGGUGUAAUGCUUGUGGCUAACCGGGCUACCGGUGAAACACUUUGUCUCCCCUAUUUGCUUCCCAACAAUGGGGAAUGCAAAUAUUUGUGUCAUGCUUUGGGUUUUGAUUCAUUGUCAGAGGAGUAUAAGAUUGUGAUUGUACUUGCUUCGACAGACAAUAAGGAGUUUAUCACCAUGGUCUUUACUUUGGGUACUAAAUCGUGGAGAAGCAUAGUUACUAGUGUUGCUGAAAUCUGCCCACCACCAGGUUGUUUUCCUUUUCCUAGUCGAAUGGUAACAAAAGCUUGGGGUAAUAUUCGAACACCAGCCACUUUUUGCGGGGGCCAUCUUUUCUGGAGGAUAACCAAUACACAAGUAGAAGAAGAUGAGAUAAUAAUCAAUAAUAAGCAGUAUCAAAUUCAAUAUAAUGAUAAGAUUGGCAUGUUGCUCUCAUUCGACAUUCGCAAGGAGAAGAUUCAAUUCAUUCGACUCCCGGCUGUGAUCCCAAAUCCGAAGGCGACACUGAUAGAGCAUCAACUUCUGGAGCAUAAAGGAUAUCCUUGUGUUGCGCUAUCUGAGAAAGCAACGGGAGACGGUCGUCCUCGCUGUAACGCUCAAACUAGUUUAUGUUAUUGCCUUUUCAUGGUUCAACUGUAUAUAUUGAAGGACCAGGAAAAACAAGUGUGGAUAAAGGUAGACAGUUUCGGUUUUCAAGUUAAGGAGCUAGGUUUACUACCAGGUCUCUUCUGUUGUUACUUAGACACUAGAAAUGCUACUACUGCUAGCUAUCCCACACAAAUACUGAGCGUCUCUGGUCAGGUAUUACUAUAUUCGUUUGAAGCAGAAUGUCUUAAACUCUACAAUUUUCAGAAGAAACAUCUUGAGGUGGUAAGAUCAUCCUCCUGUGAUUUGCGAAGUCGUAGGUUGUUUGAAGUUAAGAUGAAAGGAUUCCCCCCAGGCAAUGGCACUGCUGAUGAUGAGUAUUGCCCCUACUUGGAUUAUCAGUUACAUGCUCAAGUUGAAAACAUCCAUUCUCUGAAAAAAUUCAUUCCUGCAGGAGAAACUAGAACGUUUCAGUACAAUGACUAUCAACAGUUUUUGGCGUCAGAAGAUAAUCCUUUAGCUGCAGGUUGGGUGCUUACGCAAAGAAAAUCAGUACAUGUUCAUGCUUUCUUUUAGGUACGUUUGUACCAUUAUCUGACUCAACUUAUGGUGGUCAGUUUAUGAUGGAUUAUUAAGGUUUAUGACAACUGUUUAUUAUUUAUUUCAUAAAGAUUUUUGCUUAGGUUGAUUGAUGAAAGCGAUCCAAAGUUUUGGGUUUUGAGGUUUAUAUUGAUUUCUGUCUAUUCGACUUGAAGUUGGAAUGUGUUUAUAUGUAAAUUUAUUAGUAGCUUUAGGAACUGAAAAUACCUCAGGCAAACUUGAAGUCGGAAUGUGUUUAUACAUAAAUAUAUUAGUAACUGCAAAUACCUCAGGCAAAAGUUGUUAUUCUCAUGGUUGAGAUUCAUAACUUUCGACUGCUGAGUUAGUUUUUAUGUUUCCAUCGUAUCCAGUAAACCCAAUGAUUUGUUAUUAUAGCAGGUAACAGCAGCCAUUUCCUUGAGUACUGAAUUUUGAUUAUGUGACAGCUCCGCCUUUACGUAUUUGUAUUGACUAGAUAUUUAAUAUAAGGUGUAUUACAUUUACGUUCAGCAAGACACUAGUAUUCAGUAUUCCUUCCUUUAAGUCAGGUAACAGUUUUACCAUUAAAUUUUUAAGUGUUGAUAUGAAUAUUUAGUUUCCUUAUCUAUAUUGUCAUCGAACACUCUUCUAGAUUGUUACUUCUGUUAAGAUUAUAUUGAUGCUUAUAUUUAGUGGUCCAUGGUCCGGUUCUUGAGUUUACUUUAUGUUAAAGAAUGACCAGUAAGGUGCAUGUAUAUUUAGAAGUUAAACCAUAUAUAUGAUACAGGGGGUUUGCAUAGCUUGUCUUGACCGUUCAUUCAUGUAAGGGCUCAAGUGGCGUAGUAAACGGUGUAGGGAACCUGAUGGAAGAUAUCCUGAUGAAAAUCUUUAGGUUUAACUGUUUCUCAGUUUCCGUUCUGUCCUCAGCUAGAUACUUGGAGUCAUAGCAGAAAUUUCAGGAGGGUUUUUUCAGAUGAUGAAAAAAUUUCAAUUCCUCGAAAUACCGUCAAGUCGCCGACUAGUCUAUCACUUAACUUCUAUUAAUUUAUUAAUGGGGACUUGUGUAUUUAAGGAUGAUCGAGGACAACAGAGGAAUUCCAAACCAACCAGGAUAAACGGAAUGGUUUUCUUAUGGAAUGUUGGUUACGGUUUUCCUAUAGAAUAUACUACUCGGGAUGGCAGAUUUAAAGAGCAUGGCGUUAAAUCCUCUGUUCUUCCGGGUAUGCGUUGGGUUUACAGAGAUGUUGAGCGUAAUACCAAGCUCAUCAUUGGUGAUGGCAGAGUAACGUCACUUUACUAUGAUAUUUGGUUUGGUUCCAUAAGUAUUGCGGAGGCUUUGGACCGUAAUGACUUAGACAGGGCAGCUAGAGUUGGUGACAUUAUUGUCGCUGGCGAGUGGAAUAUUACUGAUGCACAUAUGCAGAAUUUUAUUGAUGCAGGUUUGGAUUUAACGGACCUGCCUAGAAUUCUUCGUGGACCAGAUACACGUCUUUGGAUGUCAGACUUUUAAAGGCAAAUUUUCUGUCUGUUCGGCAAGAGAGCUAAUUAGAACUAAAUAUUAUCCGUUGGAAGGUGUUAAUUUGUUAUGGCAGCAACCUAUUCAUCCUUCUUUAGCGGCACAAAACUGGAAGUUUCUUCGUGGUGCUUGUGCAACUAUGGAUAAAGUGAGGAGCAGAUUCAGAUAUUCUCUUGCGACAAAACGUUACGUUUGCCAAAAUGCGGAGGAAUCCUUGGAUCAUAUUCUUUGGCAUUGUAACUUUGCAGUCGGGGCGUGGAGUUGGAUUUCAGGUAUUUUCAACUUAACUCCUAAUGUUAAUCUAACUUUUUCCUACAAGGAAGCAAAA